AUGGAUGUGCUCGGAAAACGAGUAACCAGCCAUUAUCUAUCUAUCUAUCUAUCUAUCUAUCUAUCUAUCUAUCUAUCUAUCUAUCUAUCUCUAAGGGUGUAUAAGUUUCUAUCUAUCUAUCUAUCUAUCUAUCUAUCUAUCUAUCUAUCUAUCUAUCUAUCUAUCUAUCUCAGUGUCUUUAUAUCUAUCUAUCUAUCUAUCUAUCUAUCUAUCUAUCUAUCUAUCUAUCUAUCUAUCUAUCUAUCUAUGUCAUUCUGUUCAUAUCUAUCUCAUCACAACUGGUUACCAUUUUAUUUUUGCGUCGUUCUUUCGUGUCAUUUAAAGUUUCCCUCUCCCCCUUCCAUCUCCCACUCCCCCUUUCUUCUCCCCUAUCUGUUCUCCUCUUCCAUCAAGUCCCUCCAUGACCUGUUUUAUUAUUUCUCCUUGAUUUACCCAUUCCCAUCCCGACCGUUUUUCUUGGAACACGUAAAGCCAAUUGUCCGUUUUCUCUCCCCCUUCUUCCACCCCACGUCUUUUCUCCAUAGGUUCCGACUUCUCCUACCUUUGCCCCUUCUCACACUCUCUUUUCUUUAUUCUUUCUUGGUUUUCUUUUCACUUUCACUGACUUCGUCUCAUUCCUCUCUAUCCUCUUCCUUCUGUUCUGCCUUUGUUCUCCCUUUAUUCUACCUAGUUCUUUCUUUCUUUCUUUCUUUUUUUUUCUUUCUUUCUUUCUUCUUCUUCUUCUUCUUCUUCUUCUUCUUCUUCUUCUUCCGAUCUCUCCUUCUUUGA